AACCCAGCACGCCUCAUGGCCCUGGCCCUGGCUGAGAGUGCCAACAAGGCCCUGAGACAGGGCGCCUCGCCCCCCUACCGCCCCCCUCAGUCCCGGUCCCAGGACGCAGCCGACACCCGCUACCAGAGGUCUCUGUCUGCCGAUGCAGGAGAGCUGCUGUCCUCUGACCCCAAUCAGCUCUACUCCACAGUGCGCCCCCUGUCUGUGUGGAUGACCGAGGGAGAGGGAAACACGACAGAGACUGCAGCAGAUACAGGACACGGCCAGGGAGAGAGGACUCCAGGACAGGAUAUGGGGACCCUGUCCUCUGAGACGUCUGACUCUGUGGCGUCCAACUCGGAGCUGUCUGGUGGGAGCGCCUCUGGAGACGACCAGACCCCCAGCCCCAUCUACAAGAACCAGAAGCAGCUGCCCCAGUCACAGCCUCCCAACCCAGGCCAGUCUGGGGAGAGACCUAGCCCCACUGAGUCCCAGCCUCAGAGGAAGCCCCCAGCCUACUCACGCCAGUUCUCUGCCCCUCACCUCCAACAGAAAUCCACCUCCACCCAGUCCAAGCCGUCCUCGGCCCAGCUCCUGCACUCCAAGUCAGAGUCCCCUCUGACUCAGGUCCGUGCCUUCCAGCCCACCCGCCCCAAAGUACCUCCUAAGCCCCUGGAUCUGGAGCGUCCCCACAGAGCACCACUGGCCCAGACUGAGAUGCGUCGCUCCCUGGACUCAGGGCGCAUCAGGCGGAUCUUUGGUCAGCAGGGGAACCCUCCUCUGGCCAGGGCCUUCUCAGAGCGUCUGAGUGGAGCUCCAGACCACCUCGCCCGCUACCACGCAGCCAGCCAACCAUCCCCGGGUCAGCAGCCUCCUCAGCAGGCCCAGAUCCGGCCCGUGCCCCUCUCCUCCACCUCAGAGGACCAGGGAAGGAUGGAAAACUUCUACUAUGAGAUCGCCGGGCCUGAGAACUCGCAGGGCCCCCCCAGCUACGCCCGCCACAGCUACCAGAACAUGAGGCUGGACCUGGAGGGUAACUUCCGCCCGGCCCCCCACCUAGAGGCCAACAAAAGGCCCAUCUCUCGGGGACAUCACCAACACCAACCCCAGCCUCUCCACCACAACCAGGGUGGACCCAGGGAGAGUGGGCCCCAGCUCUGGUCCAAAGAGGUCACGCGGGCUUGGGCAGCCGCCCACUCCCAGUCCCAUUCAUUCUCCCACGGACACUCCCACUCUCACCACCACUCCCAGGACGGCUCCACCCACCACCAUCACCCCUCUCACCACCACCCCCGGCCCCAGCGCCAGACCUCCUCCUCAGUCCGGCUGGCCCGUAGUGAGAUGCACCCCCUCCCCUCCUCCUCCAUGGUUCCCCUGGCGCUCCACCAGCACCAACGCAACCUCCACCGCUCCAAUAGGUCAGCCUCCACAGACCUCACCGCCUCCCAGCUACACCCCUAUUUUGAAAACGGGAAGGUGUGCUAUCGUAAGCCAGAGGAUGCUCCUCUGAGUCUGAGCCAGCCUCCCCAGGGCAAGUCUCUCCAGCCAUCCCAGCCUUCCCCUCCCCAGGCCCACAGACCGACCUCCAAGGACCUGUCUGAGCCCAUCUACGUCAACUUCCCUUUCCCCAGCCCCUCUACUGGGGCCCAAAACACGAAGAGCUGGACCAGCACAGACCUGGAUGGAGACUCUCCACAGGAUUCUGAACCUCUUGCCACUCCAAACGACCCCCCUCCCCCAGAGGACCAGAGACAGUCCUCCCCCCGCCUGGUCCCUGACCAGGCAGGCUCCACCAGCGUCAGCCUCACCCCCUCCACUCCAGACAGCCCAUCCGCCCACAACGACUCGGCCGCAACGAGCCCAGGGAGCAUCCAGGAGAGCGACUUCCUCCCAGCGUCUACAUCGACAGGGAUCCACUACCGCAGCCGCUCAGACCCCCAGAGCUCCAGGUGCAGUACGGAGCCCAUCCAGGGCCUGUCGGGGAAGGAGAUCGCCUCCCUGCUGAUAGAGAAGCUGGCUGAGGAGGAAAGGGCUGAGGGUCCCUCCACAGUCACCUCCUCCUCUGCCUCCACCAGCUCCUCCCCUGCCAUGGAGCACCCUGCCAACCCCUACCCCAGCCAGCAGCACAACCAGUCCCCGCCUGCCUAUAAUGUCUACACCCCGGGCCCCUCACGGAUCAGGGCUCCUCAGAGGGCCGGGGCAGGGGGCUUCCAACGCCAAGACCCGCUCCGGAGGUCCUCGCCCGGGGGCCAGUACAGGCAGGCCUUUGACGUCAUGCCCUCAGGCGAUCAGGUGCUCAAAUACUACCGGACCCAAAACUUUACCCAGGGAGAGCACCAGAGCUCUGGCGCUAACCCCUACCCCCCCUCGGCAGCACUACCAGGAGCCCCCCUACCCCAUCCAGAGCCCCCAGGACCCCUGCUCCUCCGGCUACCCCAGCCAGCCCCUCUUGGAGCCCUCAGACACCCCGUCUGCAACCUUCUCCAACCUGACGCUGGGAGCCCCCAGGCCCUACCCCGGCCAGCCAGGAGGCCUCCAGUACAGCCAGUACCCCUUCCAGCCUGGCCCGAUGCUGGGCCAAUACCCCAACACUCCCCCCCCGCAGAGAUGUGGUCCACGAGCCGGUGCUGCGGCCGCAGGGUCUGAGGAACCAGAGAGGGCUGGCACGGCAGGGCAGCUUACCUGCACCAUCACCCAACUGGACCAUCCAUACUGAGGGUCAGACGCGCAGCUACUGCUGAGGAGGAGCAAAAAGUAGACUUUUACACACUGUACCCUAUCAGAGUGAAAGUGAAAGAGAGAGGAGCUAGGAAGAGACCAUGUAAAACUCUCAUGGUCCACAGAGAAAGGGAACAGGACGAUAGAAAGCCUUCCUGGAAACGUGAGACAACAGGUCAUGUCUAGAAAUGGGACCAAGGGCAAGGCAUUCUGGGGUAGCUAGACAUACUGUCCAGUUUCCUGUUUGAACAUUCCCUGGGGCCUAUCACCACUUCACACCUGCAACCACUGGACCAAUGAGAAAGAAGGGAACAAUGAUGGAAGGCGAUGAAGAGAUCAAAGAGAUGAACCGAAAAGUGGCUUAGAUUUGAAAACAUUCCAGAGCAGACUGUUGUUGUGAGCGUUGAGAAAGAAUGGCGAAUAGCUGCCAGGGUCUUUUCUGGAUCAAAAUGGGGCUUACAUGGUGGGCGUGGCCAAUGGUGCGGUGGCCGAGCGACAAUUUUAGAGGCCCUUCUGUUGGCCGCAGUGACAAAAUGUAGCGGUUUUCAAGCACAUUUUUGCAAUUCUACACAUUUUGCCAUGUGACGGAGAUACAAUUUGACAGUUUUAAAGCACAUUUUCUGCAAUUCCAAAAAAUCUGGUGGCCCCAUGCUAUGACAAAAACUCCUGAAUGCAUCAUUUUUGGAAUUUUAGAUUCUCCCUGAUUAUUUAGCUUUUAUUUAGGUGAUGGUUAGUUCUCAAAGAUGAUCUUAUUUAAAAAAUAUAUAGGUUCAUUAUCUUUUCUACAUACUUUACAUCUCUUUUUAGUAAUUUAAGUUUACACAUUGAAAAUGUUUUCCAUCCCGAAAAUUAUUUAUUAUAUAGAAUAUAUACAUAUACAUACAGUACCAGUCAAAAGUUUUGACAGCUACUCAUUCAAGGGUUUUUCUUAUGUUCUACAUUGUGUAAUAAUAGUGAAGACAUCGAAACUUUGAAGAACCUAAAAUCUGUAAAAAAAAAUUGGUUCCUACAUUAUUCCAUGUGUUAUUUCAAAGUAGCCACCCCUUGCCU